GUUCAUUUACGUAAUGUCUGUCACAGAGUUUAUCACCAAAUUGUAUAAUAUAGCUACAUUGUUACAAUGAGUUGGCGCUACAUUUAUGAAACACGGUGGAAUUUAUAAUACGCGUAAUGCAGGAAACGAUUGCCAGUUUGUAUCAUUGCGCAUAGGCAAAAUCGCAUAACUGCCAGCCGUGAUCGAAGAAUCAGAGUGGAUUCUGUGACAUGUCAUUGUCAAAGUAGUUUAUUUGCACAACAGUAAUAGUUUAUUGUCUCUAGCCUACUUACAACCUGCAAUGCGGCUCUCACUCGCAUGCCUCACAAAGCAUUAGGAACUUGUAAUCGUUGAACGCCAGAUCUGUCUGAAUACUAUGGCAACUCAAACAAAGCCCAUUCUUCAUGGAUAUUUCAGGAGUUCAUGUUCUUGGAGGGUUCGAAUUGCUUUUGCUCUGAAAGGUAUUGAAUUUGACCAAGUCCCAGUCAAUCUUAUCAAAGAUGGGGGUCAGCAGCUUACAGACCAAUACAAGGCAUUAAACCCUAUGCAACAAGUGCCUGCUGUCCAAAUUGAUGGCAUCACCCUGUCACAGUCGCUGGCAGUGAUCCAGUACAUUGAGGAGACCAGACCAGGACCCAGGCUUCUCCCUGCAGACCCAAAGAAGCGUGCCCAGGUGCGCAUGAUCUCUGACCUCAUCGCCUCCGGGAUCCAGCCUGUGCAGAAUUUGUACGUGCUACAGAAGAUUGGAGCAGAGAAGUUGCAGUGGGCGCAGCAUUUCAUCCAAAGAGGUUUUGAAGCCUUGGAGCCCAUUCUGAAAGAGACGGCUAGCAAGUACUGCGUAGGGGACGAGAUCUCCAUGGCAGACAUCUGUCUCGUCCCUCAAGUCUAUAAUGCUGAACGGUUCAAAGUGGACGUUGAUCAGUUCCCAACUAUCAAAAGGCUAAACCAAACCUUAAUGAAGGUAGACGCUUUCAAAGUGAGUCAUCCAUCUUGCCAACCAGACACACCUGCUGAAUUGUGUACAUGAGAACCCCUCUGACAUCUACAGGAGCCAGUAGUGCCAUCAUCAUUGGAUACUUCAAUACAAUUCUUUGAUAUGAAUCAUUUGGUUUCAAUCUCGUGACUUGAAAUAAGACUAAAAUAAAGAAUGUUUGGGUUAA